AUGGCACCUAUCUUGUCCAACGGAACCUCUGGGUACAACACCCCCGAGUCCGAGCUCGAGUCGGUCCUCCCUGUUCACCCCACCGCUGCUCGUCGCCCCCAUGCUAUCACCGUCCAGUCUGAGAACACCCAGUACACCGACGAGCACAUCACCUCCAAGUUCGUCAACCGCGGCUCAGAGGUCACCGUCGUCGACGGCCAGUACAACAUCAAGCCCACCGUCCAGGAGUACGAGUUCCAGACCAAACGCGCCGUCUCCAAGACUGGUCUCAUGAUGAUCGGUGUUGGAGGCAACAACGGCACCACGCUCUGCGCGACCAUCCUCGCGAACAGGCACAACAUCGUCUGGCACACCAAGGAGGGCAUCCAGCAGCCCAACUACAUCGGCUCCGUCCUGCGCGCCUCCACCGUGCGCAUCGGCGCUGACCCCGCCACAGGCCGCGACGUCCACGUCCCCAUCUCCGACGUCCUGCCCAUGGUCCACCCCAACGACCUCGUCCUCGGCGGCUGGGAUAUCUCCGGCGUCCCCCUCGACGCUGCCAUGGAGCGCGCGAAAGUCCUCGACUACGAUCUCCAGCGCCAGGUCAAGCCGCAUAUGGCUGCGCUUGGUCGUCCCUUGCCGUCCAUCUACUACCCGGACUUUAUCGCUGCGAACCAGGAGGCGCGUGCGGAUAACCUUAUCCCGGGCGACGACAAGCAGGCGCACCUCGAGCACAUCCGCGCGGACAUCCGCAAGUUCAAGCAGGACAACGCGCUCGACCGCGUCGUCGUGUUCUGGACCGCCAACACCGAGCGAUACAGCGACAUCAUUCCUGGGGUCAACGACACCAAGGAGAACCUCCUCGCUGCGAUCAAGAGCUCGCACGCUGAGGUGUCCCCGUCGACCUUGUUUGCGGUGGCUGCUAUCCUCGAGGGCGAGCCCUUUAUCAACGGUGCGCCGCAGAACACGUUCGUGCCGGGUGUAAUUGAGCUCGCGGAGAGCGUCAAGUCGUUCAUUGGCGGAGACGACCUCAAGUCGGGGCAAACGAAGCUCAAAUCCGUCCUCGCCGAGUUCCUCGUGAACGCAGGGAUCAAGCCUCUCUCCAUUGCAUCGUACAACCAUCUCGGGAACAACGACGGGCACAAUUUGUCUGCGGAGCGCCAGUUCAAGAGCAAGGAGAUUAGUAAGAGCAGUGUGGUGGAUGAUAUGGUCGAUGCGAAUAGGUUGUUGUAUAAGGCGCCCGAGGAGGGCUCGAAGAAGAAGGGAGAGCAUCCGGAUCAUAUUGUUGUUAUUAAGUAUGUCCCCGCUGUGGGCGACUCGAAGCGCGCGAUCGAUGAGUAUUACUCGGAGAUUUUCUGUGGUGGUCGUUCGACAAUUAAUAUCUUCAACGAGUGCGAGGACUCGCUCCUUGCAACACCACUCAUCCUCGACCUCGCCAUCCUCGCUGAACUCCUCACGCGCGUGCAAUACCGCAAAGUCGGCGAAACCCAAGACUUCGCCCCCUUAUACUCCGUCCUCUCCCUGCUCUCGUACAUGCUCAAGGCACCGCUCGUCAAGCCGGGCACGGAAGUCGUUAAUAGCUUGAACAGGCAGAGGAAUGCGCUGGAGAGCUUUUUGAAGGCUUGUAUUGGGCUGGAGACGAAUGCGGAUUUGUUGCUUGAGACGAGGCUUUGGUAG